AUUUUAACUAACAACAUUGAUACAGAGUCAUAAACCUUUCAACGCUGAACCGAAAUCAAUCAAUAAAGUUUUUCCUCAUUGUUGCUGUAAAUUCUCUCUUUUUAUCGGAGAUCCCAAUUCACUGUACAAAAUUCUGCCCUAAAAUCGUUUUUGGGGGGUCAACAUUUUCAAGUUCUUGUGUAGAUCGCAGAUGCAGCUCUGCUGAACUGAUUCGAUUGCAAUGAGAGGACUUCUCGGUGCAUCGCCCACUGCAAUUGAGCCCAGACACCGUCUCUCAGUAACCAAUGAAGAAUCAAGCAAAAAAAGGUCUUUUGGAAGUAGAGCCUUUAGAGAUGGUGAAAGGCCGUAUCUUAGUUUUAAUCAGGACCGAAACGCAAGCUGCAAGUUUUCUACUUUAAAGCUCGUUUUGAUAAUUAUAAUAUUGGGAGCAUUCUUCACACUCCUACACUCGCCAGCUGUAUAUAACACAGAACGCCCUUCCCGUUCAGGAUCUCGGGCUAGUUUGGUAGAAAGAUGGACAAACGAGAAUUCUCCGACAGACAAUGACCGCUACUUAUCCCAUUCAAAAGUCAACUGGAACCAUAUCUCUGGAAUAAUCCGGAACCUUCCAGACACAAACGAAUACAAAGGAGUAGGUCUACUAAACUUCAACGCAACCGAAAUCAACCAAUGGAAAGAGAUAAUACCGGACGCUGAGCAUAUCGCCCUACACCUCGAUUCCGUCACUAAAACCGUCACUUGGGAAGACUUGUAUCCCGAAUGGAUCGACGAAGAAGAAGAAUUUGACGCUCCCGUAUGCCCCGAAUUACCAAACAUUCACGCUCCAAAAACACCGAGAAUCGAUUUGAUAGCAGUAAAGCUUCCGUGUUUAAAGACGCGUGAUUGGUCGAGAGACGUCGCCCGUUUGCAUUUACAACUUGCGGUUGCGAGACUUGCCGCUAAAUCUAAAGGCCGUCGUUCGGUCAAAGUGCUUUUGGUGACGGAUUGUUUCCCGGUUCCGAAUCUGUUUACGUGCAAAGAGCUUGUUGUACGUAAAGGGAAUGUUUGGUUAUACGAACCCGACCUUAACAAGUUGCGGGAGAAGGUUCAGCUUCCGGUCGGGUCGUGUGAGCUUUCGGUUCCUCUUAACGCCAAAGAUUAUCGAUACUUGGGAAACCCGAAACGAGAAGCGUACGCAACCAUUUUACACUCGGCUCACUUUUAUGUAUGCGGGGCGAUUGCGGCAGCGCAAAGCAUCCGGAUGUCGGGGUCAAACCGCGAUUUAGUCAUACUCGUCGACAACACGAUAAGCGAUUACCACCGGGAAGGCCUGGAGGCUGCGGGAUGGAAAGUCCAUACGAUCGAAAGAAUUAGAAACCCGAAAGCGGAAAAGGAUGCGUAUAACGAAUUUAACUACAGCAAGUUUCGUUUAUGGCAGUUAACCGAUUACGAUAAGAUCAUAUUCAUCGAUGCGGAUUUACUUAUCCUUCGAAACAUCGAUUUCUUGUUUGAAAUGCCGGAGAUUACGGCUACCGGGAACAAUGCCACUUUGUUUAAUUCCGGUGUGAUGGUGGUCGAACCGUCGAAUUGUACUUUCAGGCUGUUAAUGGAUCAUAUCAACGAGAUUGAAUCGUAUAACGGCGGAGAUCAAGGGUACUUAAACGAGAUUUUCACGUGGUGGCAUCGGAUCCCGAAACACAUGAACUUUUUGAAGCAUUUUUGGGAAGGUGACGAGCCGGAAAAGAAGGAAAUGAAGACGAGACUGUUCGGAUCGGAUCCACCGGUUCUGUACGUUCUUCAUUAUCUCGGUUUAAAGCCAUGGUUGUGUUUUCGAGACUACGAUUGCAACUGGAACGUGGCAAAGAUCCAGGAGUUUGCUAGCGACGUUGCGCAUACGAGGUGGUGGAAGGUUCACGAUGCGAUGCCGGAGAAUUUGCAUAAGUAUUGCUUACUUAGAUCGAAGCAAAAGGCGGCGUUGGAGUGGGACCGACGGCAAGCGGAGAAAGCGAAUUAUUCGGAUGGGCAUUGGAAGAUUAAGAUUCAAGAUUCGCGUUUGACGACUUGUUUCGAGGAGUUUUGUUUUUGGGAGAGUAUGCUUUGGCAUUGGGGUGAAACGAAUUGGACCGAUAAUGGGACGGCUAAUGCUCUGUCUCCGCCGGUGACGAUGGCACUGCCGUCGUUGUAGCUAUCGGAAAGUUAUAUGGGCAUGGUUGAUGGUUUAUACCUUAGUGAGUGGUAUGCAAUCUUUUUGAAGAUAGUUGCAAGUUUAUGAAGGUGAAAGUAAAUUACUUAACAUGAUACAUAUGUUUUUUAUAACUUACAUGUUAUUGCUUUAUAAUUAUAUCAAGUUUAAUUUAUUAAAUUUACAUAA